GAUACCUGUCUCUCAUUCUCUCUCUCUCUCUCUCUCCAACGUGCGCAAACGCCGUGUUUUUCGAUUUGUGUUAUCCAAAACAGGUUACGGCGUUACGCUUCUCACAUCACGAGUAAUUUCUCUCGCUCUGGAUUUUUGUCUGUCUCUCGUUCCUUGAUUUGCGUUGUGUUCUUUCUCUGUUCUGAUGUCAGUUAUAUUGGUUUACUUUCAUUUUUUCCGAGCUUAAUGCUCGGCUAUAUUGGUCUGUAUUACGUAAAGUUUAGCUUCUCUCUAUCUUCUUUUGUUAUUUUUUUCGUCGAAAGAUUUGAAGACGUGAAAUUUCUGAUCUGGGUUUCGUUUCAUCGGCAUUAUAUUUGCUUCAUUUGGUUGUUCCGUAGAAGUAUUUUGCUGAUUUUAUGCAAUUAAUUAAUAUUCUGCUGUUGGAUAUGGAAAUCUAUGAUUGGGGCCAAUGUCCCAAGUAAGAAAAUAAGCUUUCCUUUGCAAAGAUUAUAUUUUGAAUUUUUGCUACUAUUGUCACUAUGAGUGGACUUGUCUGGAAAUUGUAUAGUUAGUAGCUCAUUGACAGCAAAGAAUUUGGCAAGUGUUUUUUUUCGUUUCCUACUGACGAUUUUCUUGAUGUGCCCUGGCUGUCUCUUCUGAUAUAUAUUCUUUUUCAUCUCCCCUUCUCUAUCUUCAUUGGUUAACCCUUUAGGUUUUUUAAUAAUUCUUUCUCUUGGUUGGUUAUUGUUUCAAUUCUUGAUUUACCUCCAAUCUCCAGUUUUACUUGGCUUCAAUAUUGGGUUUUGAUUCGACAGCUAUUUUUUUGAAGUCCAAAAUCCGGAAUAUUUUUGAAGAGGUUAGUGAUCCGAGUUCAACAGCUCGGUUUAAUAGUCUUUUGUCAUUCUGAUCUGUUAUAUGAAUUGAGCAAGGAAAUUGCUUGGAACCCAUGAUAAGGCUUGUUAAUGGGGUCCCUAAACAUGGAGAAGAGAUGGCUAUUUCCUCUUGUCAUAAGUUCUCUCAUAUGCAUAUUUCUUCUGGCCACUACCUUCAACAUGGGUCUUGUUUUUUCACUACACACAAUAAAUUCAAUCUUUUCAAAUUUUCCUUCUCGCUUAGCUACAAAUCAAACAAGCCCAAUUUUUGCCGAAUCAAAGGUUUCACAAUCUCCACCCCCUCCUACUGGCCCAACAAUUCCUCGAUUUGCAUAUCUGAUUUCUGGAUCAAAAGGUGAUUUGGAAAAGCUUUGGAGAACUCUUCAUGCACUUUAUCAUCCAAGAAACCAGUAUGUUGUUCAUUUGGAUCUUGAGGCGCCAGCAGAGGAGAGGUUGGAGCUCGCCUCUCGAGUGGAAAAAGAACCGAUUUUUGUUAAGGUUGAAAAUGUUUACAUGAUUGCCAAAGCUAAUAUGGUCACUUAUAGAGGACCCACUAUGGUUGCUAAUACUCUUCAUGCUUGCGCCAUUCUUCUCAAAAGGAGUAAGGAUUGGGAUUGGUUUAUCAACCUCAGUGCUUCUGAUUAUCCUCUUGUGACUCAAGAUGAUCUUCUUUACGCAUUCUCAACUUUAAAUCGAAACCUUAAUUUCAUUGAGCACACAAGCCAGCUAGGUUGGAAGGAGGACAAGCGUGCAAUGCCUUUGAUGAUAGAUCCUGGGCUAUACUUGUCAAACAAAUCAGAUGUCUUCUGGGUCAAUCCCAAAAGAACUUUGCCAACAGCUUUUAAAUUAUUUACAGGUUCGGCAUGGAUGGUUCUGUCACGGUCAUUUGUAGAGUAUUGCAUCUGGGGUUGGGAUAAUUUGCCAAGAACCCUUCUCAUGUACUACACAAAUUUCGUCUCCUCCCCUGAGGGCUAUUUUCAGACCGUCAUAUGCAAUGUGCCCAAGUUUGCACAGACUGCAGCCAACCAUGACUUGCACUACAUUUCUUGGGAUAACCCCCCCAGACAGCACCCUCACACCCUUUCCCUUAAUGACACAAACAAGAUGAUUGGUAGUGGUGCUGCAUUUGCUCGAAAAUUCAAACAAGCUGACCCAGUGUUGGAUAAGAUUGAUAAGGAUUUACUAAGGCGCAAGAAUGGGAGCUUCACCCCUGGUGGUUGGUGCUCCGGUAAUCCCAAAUGUUCCAAGGUUGGGAAUCUGAGCAAGCUCAAGCCAAGCCCGAGAGCUCAAAGGCUUCGCCGCCUUGUAGCUAGGCUAGCACUGAAGGCUAAGUUCGGUCAAAAUCAGUGCAAAUAGGAUUUUGUAGAACUUUCUUGCUUGCAGAUGUGGAAAGACCCUACAGGGAAAAUAUAAUAGUAAGAAAGACCUCUACAAGCCAAACUAAAGCAAGUAAAUAUGUCCACCAAGAUGAAGAACUUUAAUGCUGUAGAUGCAGCCAUGACCUCGUUCUUGUUAGAUUUGAAGGCAUAUUAGUGUAGUUAUGAGCAUAGCCAUAACUUGUUGCCACGGUUAUCUUUCCACUAAUAGGCUCUGAUUAUGUUGAACUAUUACACAUUUUUAGUAUGAUUUUUUUUUUCUUUCAA